ACGAUCAAUUCGUUGUUUGACUGCCCCGUGCCUAUUCGAGAUAUCGAGUGUAUAUUCAUUCAUUGCUAGCGCAGUGCUUAUAUUCCUAAUAUUUGUGCCUUGAAUCUUGCAUCAAACUCCAAUUUCCAUCUGACGUUGUUUCGAUAAUGGACGACAGAAAACUCAUAGAGUUGGUCAAGAAGGAGAGAUUUCUGUACGAUUCUAGUGAUCCUUACUACAACGAUUAUACGCUCAAAAUGGCUAAAUGGAAGGAAAUAAGUCAUGUAGUAAGAAGAGAUCCCAAUAGAUGCAAAUCGAGAUGGGAGUCAUUACGCAAUCAGUUCCGUAAAUACAUUCGGGCUAAUGCUGGUGUGUCGUCUGGUACUAUGGCGAAAUGGAGGUACUACGACAACCUAUCAUUUUUAAUCCCUUACAUGAGGAACGCAAGACCACGAUAUCCACUCGUACCGAAAGAGCAAGAAGAUUCCUUAUUUUCUGCGGAAGCGUCAGGCGGUGUCGAGAAAUCAGAAGAAGAAUCCGAAGCUGAAACCUCUAAUUUAACGUACGACUUCAUUUUGAAACAAGAAGAGCAAGAGAUUGACGAAUCGGCCAACAGUGAUCUUAUGAGGGAUAUAUUGGACGAGCGAAAGAGGAAAGAACGGCAAGGUGAAGAUAGCAUAGAUCUAUUUUUCGACGCCAUGCGGGCUACAGUGAAAAAAUUCAGUGAAAAAAAUAGAAUUUUGGCGAAACGGAGAGUUUUCGAUGUCGUUCUUGAACUGGAGGAGGCCGAAUUGAAUGAAACGCAACCUUGCGAUGCUGAAAUUCCACAUAAUUCAAUCGAUGGUACUGUUGAAGAAGAUCCGACGGAAAUAAAACCGGUUUAUCACAUUUUUUCUCCCAAGUUCUCAACGCCGCCAACUACAAAUCUGUAAAUUUGUGCUCAAUUAAUGGCUCCAAGUGAACUGAACACGUUCUGGAAGAGCUGGAAAAG